AGGUGCGGAAGUGGCUGUGGGUUGUCGCCUCUAAUCGCUCAGAAAUCAACCCCAGUUCCACACGGAAAGCCAGGCCCCCGACCACCAUGGACGGGCAGCAAGAGCAGGAAAGUCCCGCAGUCCUAGCACUAGCCCAGGCUCAUUUCAAAAGAGGUGAAUACGCGGAGGCCGAGGCGCUGUACUCCGCUUACAUUCGCCAGUGCGCCUGUGCGGCCUCGGAGGGAGCAGCACACCUGAGCAAAUGCAGCCCUGAGGAUUUGGCUACUGCAUUUAACAACAGGGGGCAAAUCAAAUACUUCAGGGUUGAUUUUUACGAAGCCAUGGACGACUACACAUCUGCUAUAGAAGUCCAACCCAGUUUUGAAGUUCCAUAUUACAACAGAGGCUUGAUAUUGUAUAGGCUGGGAUACUUUGAUGAUGCUUUGGAAGAUUUCAAGAAAGUAUUAGACUUAAAUCCUGGAUUUCAAGAUGCUGUUUUGAGCUUAAAACAGACUAUUCUAGACAAAGAAGAAAAGCAAAGAAGAAAUUAUUGAACAUUUUAACUCAUGAUCCUAAUGGCUGGCAUCUCCUUGUCUCUAAUUGAAAGCUGGUGUUAAAAUGUUUUGAUUUAUAUUUAAGAUAAAGAGAUUCCUGCAUCAGCACUGAAAGUUAAAUGCUGUACUUCAGGUAAUUGAUUUUGGGUUGAGUAACUAUGUUGACUAGGUAUGCUUUUAUAA